AUGACAACCGAAUCAAUUCCUACUCUGCGUUGGGGCAUAAUCGGUACGGGAUUGAUUUCGUCCUGGUUCGUGACAGAUCUAGCCAUAGAUCGACCGAACAAAAAAGCAAAUCACAUCAUCCAAGCGAUAGGAUCGUCCUCCACGGAGAAGGGACAGAUAUUUCUCGAAAAACAUCUUCCAGGGAAAAGUCCAACCGUCUAUGGAAGCUAUGACGAGCUCUAUCGAGACGCCGAUGUCGAUAUUGUGUAUAUCGGAACUCCUCAUGCCUUUCAUCAGCAGAACUGCCUCGAUGCCAUCCGAAAUGGAAAACAUGUUCUUUGCGAGAAGCCGUUUGCUCUGAAUGAAUUUCAAGCAAAAGAAGUGUUUGAUGAAGCAGAGCGACAAGGUGUCUUUGUGAUGGAAGGCAUGUGGACUCGGUUCUUUCCAUUGAUGCUUAAACUGAGGAACCUGCUACAUCGUGAAAAAGUGAUUGGGGAUAUUUAUCGCGUCUUCUGUGACUUCUCCAUGCCGAUGGAUAUUGCAACUUUGCCGCCCACGUCACGCCUAAAAAAUCCGGCUCUUGGGGCAGGUAGCUUGCUAGAUAUUGGUAUUUACAGUAUAACUUGGGCAAUUUUGGCACUGGAAUCAGAACCGAGUCCAAAGGAACCUCGAGUAUUGGCAUCACAGACGUUUCGUGAUGACAUCGACAUUGCUAAUUCGGUGAUAUUAAGCUACCCCGAUGGCAGGCAAGGGAUCGCUACGUGUUCGGUCUUUACGAAGACACCGUCAUCGUUCUGCCGAAUCGAGGGCAGCAAGGGAACAAUCACUGUGGAUGGAUUUGCAGCUUCGGUUCCUGCAUCUUUUAUAGUUACGCAGGUAGAUCAGGAGCCGAAGAAAUACGAAUUUGAGAGACCUGGCAAGGGAUUCUACUGGGAAGCGGAUGCGGUGGCUUUGGAGAUUUUUGCUGGUAAAAAGCAGAGCGAUAUCAUGCCAUGGGCUGAGAGUUUACGCAUAUUGACUUUACUGGAUGAAGUUAAACGUCAAGGAGGACUGCAGUAG